CCCCCGUUUGCUCACAAUAAAAGGAGGCCACUCAAUCCAGCUCUUGACAGCUCUACAACGAGGAAGCGCCUACGUACACCACCAAGGGCCUCUUCCAUCUCUUCUCCGACAUGUAUCUCCCGGAAAGCCUGCCGCUCCGCAAUGACAAAGCCACCGCCACAUCCCGCUGGGUCGGCGUACCUCUCAGGUUCGCACAGCUCUCGUACGGCGCCCUCAACGCCUGGAUCUCCUACAAAGUCGGCGUCUACGAUCUCCCCGGGAUCGCCAAAGCCCCCGUCCUGGAUUUCACCAAAGCCAACAAACAGGUACUCGACAUCCUCACGGACCACAACAGCGCCAUUCUGGUCGUGGAGGACAUGGAGAGGAAGAAGUACGACAGCAAGUUCAGCACUGUUACCCGGCUCAAGAAUGGGCAGUACAGCGUCCUCAAUACCCAGUUUCGGAAUAAACUUAUGUUUGAUGACAAAGUCGUCAUGUACUUGGCGUGUGGCGAGGAGGUUACGGGGACUGUUGUGAAAGGGCCGCAUGGGAAGGCGAAGACGGUGAUGCCGCAUAAGCCUAUACAGCCUUCUGAAAAUGUCAAGAGGAUUACAGUGGUGGAGCAGGGAGCGCAUCGAGCAGCGGACGAGUGUCUCAAGGACCUCUUCCCCAAGCUCGUCCUUUUUGGAGACCUCAGCGUCUCGGACAUCCCGUUCUUCAGCAUGCUCUUCUUGGGCGAUACGAGCUUCAAACCGCACGUUGCGCCCAGCAUCAAAUCGAAAGAACAUCUUAAUUUUUACGCACUGGCUUGCCAAACCAACACGGCUACCCGUAAUGUGGCCGUCACGCUUAUGAAGCGCGGCGUGGAGGAUUUCAAGAUCAUUGUGUCGGACAACUUCUUCGUGAAGUGGCACGAGGACCAAUACAAAUCAAUCCAAGACCACGUCAUCGAAUCCUCCAUAGUCAAGAAAGACAUCCUCGACAAACUCAUCGGGCCCCACACAGUAGUCCUGUGCUCCCUCGCCCAACUCUCCAACGAAAAACUGAUCGAAGUACUCCAACAACGCAAACUGACCCAUAUCGUCAUCGACGAAGCGUCGCAGAUCUCCAUGGCCGAUCUCCCGCAUAUCCUUGCAACGUACAAGGCGUCAUUACAACGCCUCACAUUUGUUGGAGAUCCGAAGCAGCUGGCGCCGUUUGGGAGCGAGAACCAUCCGUCGGUGCAGAGCGUGUUUGAACGGUUACCCGCUGAUGUCAUGCUGGACGAACAGUACCGCAUGCCGCAUGAUCUCGGCUCGUUUAUUUCCGCGUACGUGUACGAUGGAGUGUUGACCUCACAUAAGCAACCGCGGAAUGAGUGCAGCGUUGCGUUGAUUGACGUCGCGAAUGGGAAGGAGCAGAUGCUGGGGACGGGGUUCAUGGUAAGCGCACCGGUAGCUCAGCCUGUUCGCACCAUCAUCUCCUCAGCUAACCUCGCUUCAUUUCCGCUAGAAUCCAAAAGAAGCCGAAACAGUCGUCAAACUCAUCCUCUCCCACUACCUCACCACCGACUUCCUUAUCAUAACCCCCUACGUCGCCCAAAAAGAACUCAUCGCAAACCGUUUCCGCGACCGCAUCACCCGCCUCCGCGCCGACCGCAAAACCGACGCAGAACCCACCCUCGCCGACGAGCGCGUGCAUACCGUCGACACUGUGCAGGGACAAGAAGCGGAUAUCAUCGUCUUCAGCGCGGUGCGCACGGCGCGGAUGGGGUUUGUUGUCAGUCAGCGACGGAUGAAUGUGGCGCUUACCCGUGCAAAGGACAGGCUGAUUGUUGUUGCGAAGGUUUCGUAUUUUCGGGAUGGUCAGGGGCAGCAUAGUCUGUUGGGAGCGUUUGUGAAGGAGGUGGGCGUUGCGGUGGAUUCGAAGAUGCUUGAUGAGGGGUAUAAGCUGGAUUUCGCGAGAGAGGA